ACAGCUUGUUGGACCUCUCUCCUGCAUGUUUCAUUCUGAAAGAAGAGAACAUGGAUUUCCUGAUGUUUUCAGCAACAACAUGGACUUUAGUGGCUCUGGCUGUCACUCUGUUACUACUAUAUGGAAUCUGGCCGCAUAGGUUUUUCAAAAAGAUAGGGGUAUCUGGACCGAGACCCCUGCCUUUUGCUGGAAAUCUGAUGGGUUUCUCAAAGGGACUACUUACUUUUGACCGGGAAUGCCAAGCCAAGUAUGGGGAUAUUUGGGGUUUGUACGAGGGGAAAACCCCACUACUGAUGGUUGCUGACCCUGAGAUAAUAAAAAGCAUCUUGGUGAAGGAGUGCUACACUGCAUUUACAAACCGCAGGAUUAUCAUCGGAGAUGGCGGGCCUAUGGACGAUGCAAUCACAGCAGUGAAGGAUGAAAGGUGGAAACGAAUUCGCGCCACAAUAUCUCCAUGUUUCACCAGUGGAAGACUUAAGCAGGUUUUCCCUUUGGUUGUUCAAUUCGCAGACAGAUUCAUGCAAAAACUUGGACAAACAGAUUUGAAUGGGUCCAUUGAUGUCAAGAAAUUGGUUGCACCGUUCAGUUUGGACGUGGUGACCAGCGCUUCCUUCAGCGUGGAGAUCGACUCCAUCAACAACCCCAACGAUCCUGUUCAUGCUCAAAUGCAGAAGAUCAUGAACUUCAGGUUUUGGCCUUUUAUCUUUAUGGCGAUUUUCCCCUUUGGUCGCCACCUGCUGAAACUCUUCAAAGUUGAGUUCAUGCCCAAGUCCAGCGUGGACUUUUUCUACGACAUCAUUAAGAAAUUUAAAGACCAGCACAUCAAAGAGGAUUCGACUCGGGGAGACUUCCUGCAGGUGAUGAUCCGGAGUGAGAUCCCAGAAUCCGACAUAAAGAGCGAACAUGAGCAACCCAGUAAAGGUUUGACUGAGCACGAGAUCCUUUCCCAGGCUCUGACGUUCAUCUUCGGUGGCUUCGAGACGACCAGCGCCACUCUGUCUUACACCCUUCACAACCUGGCCACAAAUCCUGAAGUCAUGCGGACACUGCAAAAAGAAAUCGACGGCUGUCUGAAGAAAAAUGCUCCCAUUUCCUACGAGGACCUGAACGGCAUGGAGUACCUAGAACAGGUGUUUUGUGAGUCGCAGCGUAUGGUUCCCACCGCGGCUCGACUUGAGAGGACAUGCAAAAAAACGAUGCAGCUUAACGGUCUGACCAUCCCAGAGGGAACGUUAGUUGGGAUUCCAGUGCAUUUGCUGCACAUGGACCCACGGUACUGGAGCUCACCUGAAAGCUUCAAACCAGAGAGGUUCAGUAAGGAGAAUGAGAAUGAUCUGAACCCGUACGCAUACAUGCCGUUCGGACUCGGCCCUCGUAACUGUGUCGGGAUGCGAUACGCCAUCCUGGUCAUGAAGAUGAUCAUCGUGCGCAUCCUGCAGAAGUACUCUGUGGAAACGUGCGCAGACACCAUGGUCCCAAUUCAGUUUGACUGGAAGUUCCAACCAACCAAACCUGUGAAGCUGAAGUUUGUUCCCAGAGAACUGUAAUUGCAAUUACUUCAAACUUCUGGCCUUCUCAUCAAAUAUAAUUUAUUUUUGAUGGGCCUGUAUUAUUCUUCCUGUGCAAAGUUCUGUACUGUUUAACACUGAUCAAUUUGAAUGUGUAAUUAUUUCAGUCUACUUUUAUACUGUCUUUAUUCUCUAUUUUUACCUGACAUUAAAACUUAAAAACAGA